UCGGGUUGUCUCUGGAGAAAAACACACUUGACAAUUGUUGCAGAUAUUUAAUGUGAACGACGCAGAGAUUAAGUGACAGUAGAGACAGUUUUAUUCAUGUCAGGAUAAACUCGUCUCGGUGAACUUUGAAGCUCCUCAGGCUAUCUUAGCUUACUAGCCGCUAACAAAGAGACCCGGAAGUUAUCAUAUAUCGCUAAGCAGAGCUCAAGUGUGAGUGCGAAGUGUUGUGAUUGUGUGAAAAUGUGUAAAAUACAAAUUCCGAGAGCGUUGGCGUUGGUGCGGCUGUUCAAGAAAUAUUUGGUGUGAGAAAGCGCAAUUGCAGAUUCAGCAAGUGAGAAAGAACGAUUGCAGAGAACGAGUGGAACUUCGUCGAACAAAAGAGGAGAACGAGCGACAACGUCAACGACAGGACGCUGUUUUCAAGAAGCCUCAAGUUGUGUUACACAGAGCAGACAUCAUUGAAGAACACCUUCCCCCUGAGCAGCAGGAGUGGAACUCCAGCAUGGAGCAGGAAGAGCCACAGCUGCCCCACAUUAAAGUUGAAGAAGAGGAGACACAGCCCCCCUACAUUAAAGAGGAUAAGGAGGAGGCACAGCCCCCUCACAUUAAAGAAGAAGAGGAUUACAGCAUCAGUCAGGAGGGAGAGCAUCUUGAAGGACUGGAGGAGUUUCCAGUGAUUGGUGUCCAUGUAAAGAGUGAAGAUGAUGAUGAUGAUGAUGAAGAAGAAGGUCAAACUGAGGAGAAGAGCGAGGUGGAGCCUCCAAGCAGCAGCUCCACUCAUCACAUGACAACAGAAGCUGAUGGAGACCACUGUGGAGGAUCACAAGCAGACAACCUCUUAGCUCCACUAUCAGAUAGUGACGACAUAACGUCACACUCUCCUGACACUGAUGAUGAAGACUCUGAAGCUGAUAUGACAUGUCACACUGACAACACACGCUGGAAAUGCUCUCAAUGUGACAAAACUUUUGUUUAUAAGAGAAACCUGAACAGACACAUGAAACAUCACACAGGAGAGAAACCUUUCACCUGUUCAGUUUGUGGUAAAAGAUUCUCUCAGAAGUCACAUUUGAAAGUGCAUAUAAUAAUGCACACCGGAGAGAAAGCUUUUCCUUGCACGGUGUGUGGUAAAAGAUUCAGUAAGAAAGGUGAUUUAAAAACACACACUAGAAUACACACAGGAGAGAAACCGUAUCCUUGCAAGAUGUGUGGUAAAAGAUUCAAUCAAAAAAGUGUUUUAGUAACACACACAAGAAUACACACUGGAGAGAAACCUUAUCCCUGCUCGGUGUGUGGGAAAAGAUUCAAUCGAAAAAUUGAUUCAAUAAACCACACAAGAAUACACAAUGGAGAGAAACCAUUUCUUUGCACAGUGUGUGGUAAUAGAUUCAAUCAUAAAGGUGAUUUAAAAAGGCACACAAGAAUACACACAGGAGAGAAACCUUAUCCUUGCACAGUGUGUGGUAAAAGAUUCAAUCAAAAAGUUGAGUUAAAUGGACACACAAGAAUGCACACUGGAGAGAAACCAUUUCUUUGUGUGGUGUGUGGUAAAAGAUUCAAACAUAAAGGUGAUUUAAAAAGACACACAAGAAUACACACUGGAGAGAAACCUUUUUCCUGCACAGUUUGUGGUACAAGAUUUGCUCGGAAUUCGCAUUUGAAAGCACACACAAGAACACACACUCGAGAAAUUGUUCGGUGUGUGACCAGUGAUUCACCAAUAAUGCAAACUUGACAGGACACAAAAGAAUCCACUCUGUGGAGUAACUUGAAAACAUUUUUGAAAGAACGGAAAGUAUGAAUAAGCAAGACAGUAUUAUGUUUAAAAAGCUAAAGUUGUGCAAGUGAACGAUUUCUUACGUUAAUUGACAUUAUGAUGACAUGUUUGUAAUGUUUGUUUCAUCUAUCACAUAUAUUAACACACUUCUUAUUUUAGACUUGACACUUGUACAUUUGACCCUUAAUCGUUUGCAUGGGUUUGAUGAUUCCUGGCCAGGAUCACGUCAGGAAUUGCAUCUGGUGUAAAAAUGUAAAAUCAAUCAGCUAUAAUGAUAUAAUACAGUGGUAAGAAAAAAUAUGUAAACCUUUUGGACCUUUGCAUGCUUUCUGAAUAAAUUUCUCAUAAAAUGUGAUCUUUUCUUUGUCCAAGUCAAGGUUGUUGACAAAUAUUUUUAUUUAUUACAAUUGCUAACUAUAUUACAAUGUUGAUCAGGAGCACAGGUUGGUUUCUCAAGUCAUUUGUAAUGCCGUUGUGCUGGUCAAUGCUCCUAAGCCGAAACUAGUCAGGUGCUUAAAACAAUGAACUCUUCCAUUAUACUUAAGUGGCAGG